CCACCAUGUGCAGACACAGAAGGCAUGCAGAGAACCAUACAUAUCUUCUGCGAUGCCUCUGAACGCUCGUACGGGUCAGUCGCUUACCUCUGUACUUUAGAUCAGCAUAACCAGACACAUGUUGCUUUUGUGAUGGCAAGAUCCAGGGUGGCUCCACGCAAACAGAUAUCAAUGCCACGCUUGGAGCUUUGUGGAGCUCUCACAGGAGCGCAGCUAGCAAAGUUACUCAGUAAAGAGUUGUCUAUUCCUGCCAGAGAUGUUGUCCUGUGGACUGAUUCGACAACGGUCCUGAGUUGGUUAAAAUCCGACUCCUGCCGCUAUAAAGUCUUUGUCGGAACCCGCAUAGCGGAAAUUCAGGAUUUGACAUUGGAGUCUUGUUGGCGAUAUGUUAACACUGCAGACAACCCAGCGGAUGAUUUGACCAGGGGGAAGACUUUGGUAGAGUUAACCAAAUCCCAGCGCUGGAGUCAAGGACCACAGUUCAUUCACCAGCAUCCAGACACCUGGCCAUCCCUGCCUGAAUUAGCUGCUCCUGAUGAUCAUGAUGAGCUAAGAAAACAAACAUUCUGUGGCAAUACAAUCAUCACUACGCCUCAACCUGCCAUCUCCAAUUAUAAAAAUUGGAGUGAACUGUUGAAGUUUACUUACCAGUCCCUUCACGGGGCGGCUGAUUUCAUGACUGCAGCAGAUGCCAUUGAGGUUGAGUUACAUAUACUAAGGCAAGCUCAGAGUGACAGCUUCCCAGAAGAGGUGGGUGCACUGACAAAAGGUAAACCCAUAUCCACUCAGAGCCGUCUGGCUGCACUAGCCCCCGUGUAUGAUCAAACAGUUGGUCUUAUCCGAGUAGGCGGACGGCUUCGCAGAGCUGAGUGCCUAGUUCCAGACACCAUACAUCCCAUAAUACUGGACCCUAAACAUCCAAUUACCAUGCUCCUAAUCAAGAAAUAUGACAACCAGCUUCUCCAUCCAGGUCCAGAACGGGUCUUAGGUGAGAUCAGACGCAAAUACUGGAUCCUUCGUGGCAGGGAAUCCAUUAAGAGACACCAGUACAACUGUGAAACAUGCCAAAAAUGGAGAGCAAAGCCUGUAAUACCAAAGAUGGCAGACUUGCCUCCAUCACGUUUAAGACUAUAUAAACCCCCUUUCUGGUCAACAGGCGUUGAUUGUUUUGGCCCAUUCACCAUUAAAAUAGGACGACGCACUGAGAAACGCUGGGGCAUCAUAUUCAAAUGCAUGACGACAAGUUGUAUACAUCUUGAUCUCUUAGAGAGCAUGGACACAGAUGCCUUUCUGAUGGCUUUACGAAGAUUUGUAUCACGUCGGGGAAAGCCAUUUGAGAUACUGGCGGAUAGGGGGACAAAUUUCAGGGGAGGAGCCACUGAAUUGCAAGAAGCUUUUACAGCGUUAGAAGCUUCACUUAAAGAACAGUUAGCUGGUCAGGAAAUUACAUUUCAGUUUAAUCCGCCACAUGCCCCGCAUUUUGGUGGUACCUGGGAGCGAGAGAUACGGUCUGUCAAAACAGCUCUUCAGGUAGUCAUAGGCAAUCGAACUGUGACUGAGUCCGUUUUACGUACAGUGCUGGUAGAGGUUGAGGGAAUCAUCAACUCCAAGCCACUCGGGUAUGUUUCCUCGGAUGUAGCUGAUCCAGACCCAGUCACACCCAAUCUAUUGCUGAUGGGCCGUCGCGAUGCAUCACUCCCACAAGCGAUCUACUCCUCUAGUGAUCUGUUAGGUAGAAGGAGGUGGCGACAUAGUCAAAUUUUGGCUGAUCAUUUUUGGGUAAACUUUGUACGGCAUUACUUACCAGGCCUACAGACACGCCAAAAAUGGCAAAGGGACACCGGCAAUUUAACUAUUGGACAGAUCGUCAUGAUAGUUGAUCCACAGUUGCCACGAGCUUCAUGGCCUAUUGGUAAAGUGAUUAAGACAUAUGCAGGUGUAGAUCAUUGCGUACGUACUGCAGAAGUGCAAGUGAAAGAGCGAACUUAUCUUCGGCCUGUCGCCCGGUUAGUUAAGUUACCAUCAUGGGAAGAUGAGGAAGGAAACAAUUAGCCUUGAGACUUUCCCUAGACUAAUUACAAAUUUAUCUAGUAAAUUUGGGGGCGGCUUUGUAGGAAAGUCCUAUACAGGGUUGCAGUUCUUAUGAGUAUACCCUAGAUGGCGCACCUCUCUAAUUUGACCGACAUUCACUACUUUCGCUUUCAAGAGCAAGCACAUGGCAAAAAUCACUUGUGAGGCACGGUGAGAAGGCAAACAUCUAUCCUGUGUGCGUUCAUGCCAAGAAAACCACACACACACACACGCACGUACUCACUCAUUAAAGCUAUUUUUGGAUGAAACUCUCCGAGCCCUUUACUCUCUUACCGGAGUCUCCAGUUUUCAAGGACUAUCAGAACAUUCCAGAGGUUCCACCU